CUUGUGCUCUGAGUAUUAUAUGGAGCACAGUUUGAUUCAGGAAAGCAGUGCGAUCAGUUCAACCCGCAAUGGGCAUAUAAUAGCUGGUCAACUUAUUCAACCGGAAAUGGCUUGGCUUAGCGAUAGAUCCGCCGGACAGAAGACUUGGAAAAUUUGCAUUAUAUGUGGCAUAUUUCUACUCAUUUUUGUCUAUACUUUCACAACUUCCCCAACACUGAGCUCUAUAGGGACAGAUUUGACUGACAACUUAUACGAUGAUUAUAUUGCAUACGCAGAAGAAAAUGCAUUUCAUGCGGGCAAUAUCAUUUUGACUUCGGCUUCACCGCAGCUAGGGCCCUUACAAAACUCUUCCGAGACGUUGGGUCCCAACAUCUUGGAUAACUAUUUUGUGUACACCUCACGAUGUCGUAUGCCCGCUAUAAAUCCAUUUGCAAGAGAUGCGCUGAGAAUAUUUGAAAAUUCAACCUAUUCCUCUUGCGAUAAAACAAAGGCUCUAAUAUCUGUGAGUUACAAUGAGACGGAUCGACGAUAUAAGCUGCACAUGAAUGUAGCAGACAUCAGAUGCUGCUAUAAAAAGAUUCUGCGCGACGGAAAUGGUGCGGAGGCGGACAACAAGUUCAAAUUGUGGUCAUGUAAAUAUUUCCAACAGGACUUUGUCCUUCCCCAGGAUAUGGAUGCCAUUAUCACCGAGUGUCGUCGUCUGAAGGACAAAAAGCUGCUGCAACAGGAUGCCUUUAGCUUUGUGCAACCAGCCAAACAUGUGGCCAAUCGAACAGCUCCAAUUGCCUUAAAUAUUAGUCAAUCAACGCCAGCAGAAAGCAGGCCAAGUGUCCUGCUUUGGGGCAUUGAUUCCAUGUCGAGAAUGAACUUCCAGCGGACUAUGCCUCAGAUGUACAAAUUUUUGCGAGGAGAGAAUUGGCAUGAGCUGCGAGGAUACAAUAAGAUGGGAGACAACACAUAUCCCAACUUAAUGGCCAUUUUGACAGGAUUCAAUAACUCCCGCUCCAUGUCUGUCUGCCGGCCAAAGGCUGUCGCUGGCAUGGAUGCUUGUCCUUUACUCUGGAAGGACUACAAGCAGUUGGGAUAUAUUACAGCYUACGCCGAGGAUUGGGGCCGGUUUGCCACCUUCAACUACAAUAAGAAGGGUUUCGUCAAACCACCAACAGAUUACUAUCCACGACCUCUUGUGCUGGCCAUCGAGAAGGAACUCAAGAAGGCAUUGGUAUCCAAUGUUCCCUACUGCGUGGGUCGUAGACAUUAUGCGGAGUAUAUCUACGAUUAUGCAAUACAAUUCACGAAAGUCCACAAAAAUGAAUCCACCUUUGGCAUGUUCUGGACAAAUUCUUUUAGUCAUAAUAAUUUUUCCUUGCCCUCMUCCAUGGAUGUUAAGAUGCUUGAAUAUAUGCACUCAUUGCAAAGAGUUGGCAUCUUUGAAAAGUCCAUUGUGAUAUUUUUCAGUGAUCACGGCAUGCGGUUUGGUCCACUGCGUAACCUGCAUAGUGGGUUUCUGGAGGAGCGUAUGCCAAUAUUUUAUAUAUGGCUUCCGAAUUGGUUUAGGGCAAAAUAUCCAGAGUUUGUGCAUAGCUUGCAGCUGAAUAGAAAUCGUUUGACUUCUCCGUACGACAUUCACGCCACAUUGAAGCACAUUUUGCAGCUGGAGACACCGCUGGCGGACUUGCCACGACCCGAAGCAUGCCYCACUUGCCAUAGCAUCUUCUACGAAGUAGCUGAAUCGAGAGAUUGYUCAGAUGCGGGGAUUGAGGACCAUUGGUGCACCUGCCAUGCGUUAUAUAAUGCUUCAGACAAUGUGAUAAAUAAAAUCGAAAUUUCUUAUCAACUUAUUUCUGCUACAAAUGCCUAUCUGCACGCCAACAACUUGACGGAUAUUUGUCAAACCCUGAAGCUUUCAUAUAUUGAGUCGGUGAAAAGGAAAACAUCUGUGGAGCCAAUGGAAUUUGAGUCUUACCUGGUCAGGUAUGAGGCCAAACCUGAGAAUGCUGUCUUUGAGGCUUCAGCGAACUGGGACAACAAGACGAAAUUGAUCUCAGUAAACGUGCCUGACAUAAGUCGAUUGGACGCCUACAGUGAACUAUCCAAGUGCGUAGACGAUAAGCCCGCCAUGAGAAACUUCUUUGUGGACACCUCAAAGUGUCGGAUGCCAGCCCCUGAUCCCUUUACGCCUGAUGUUUUAAUGAUAUACAGAGAAGUACCAUACAAGCAGUGCGAGUCCGGUAAGGAUCUCAUCAAGGUGAAUUUUAAGGACGGCAUCUACAGUCUGCAUAUGAGCGAGGCGAAUUUAACGUGUUGUUAUAAACAGAUCCUGCGCUCCGGAGUUGGCGCUAAUGCAGAUAUGGAGUACAACUUGCUGCCAUGUAGUAAUUUUCAUCAAGAUUUUGAUGUUCCACGUCAUGUAGAUGCCAUCAUCACCGAGUGCCGUCGACUAAUCGAUAAAAAGCUGUUGCAACAAGAUGCUUUCAGCUUUGUGCAACCAGCUAAACRUGCAGACAAUCUAACAGCUAUGAAUGAUUCAAGCUCAGGUGAAUCGACUAAGGGGAGACCAAGUGUUCUACUGUGGGGCAUUGAUUCAUUGUCGAGGAUGAACUUCCAGCGGACUAUGCCGUUGAUGUUCAAGUAUCUCAAAGAAGAGAAUUGGUUCGAGCUGCAGGGCUAUAACAAGAUGGCAGAUAACACAUUUCCCAAUUUAAUGGCGCUUCUGACUGGCUUGAACAGCUCAGGCUCCAUUUCCGUCUGUCAGCCAAUGAAUGUGGGCGGCCUGGAUGCUUGCCCAAUGCUCUGGAAAGAAUACAAAAGUAAGGGCUAUAUCACUGCCUAUGGGGAGGACUGGAGUAAAUAUUCUACGUUUGACUAUAUGUUUAAGGGUUUUAAAGAUCCUCCGACGGACUACUAUGCACGUCCCUUAAUCUUGGCCGUUGAGAAAGAGCUAAAGAAGAAAUACGACACGGCUUUACCAUACUGUGUGGGGCGUCGUCAUUUUGCGGAGUACAUUUAUGAUUUUGCCUUACAGUUUACGGAAUUUUACAAAAAUCGGUCCACAUUUGGCAUGUUCUGGACAAACACAUUUAGUCAUAAUAAUUUUGCCUUGCCCUCUUCCAUGGAUGCCAAAAUCAUUGAAUACAUGCGCUCAUUGCAAGGAAGUGGUGCAUUUGACGAGUCCAUUAUUUUGUUCUUUAGCGAUCAUGGUAUGCGUUUUGGUAAGCUGCGCGGAUUGGAGAGUGGAUUUCUGGAGGAACGGAUGCCCAUUAUGUAUAUUUGGCUGCCGCAUUGGCUAAGACAAAAAUAUCCAGAGUUUGUGCAUAAUUUACAGCUAAAUAGGAAUCGUUUAACCUCACCAUACGAUAUCUAUGCCACUUUGAAGCAUAUUCUAGAGCUGGAAACACCGCUGGCAGUUUUGCCACGACCUGAAGGUUGUCCCAACUGUCAUAGUCUGUUCUAUGAGCUAGAUGAAUCAAGAGAUUGCUCAGGUGCUGGCAUUGAUGAGCAUUGGUGUACUUGUGUGGAGUUCGAAAAUGUUCCGAAAACUAAUGCAAAAGCUAAAUUAAUUGCCCAACAGUUGGUAGAAGCAACGAAUAAUUACUUGGCAGCUAAGAAGUUAGUUGGUAUUUGUCAUAUCCAGAGACUAAGUAAUAUUGAGUCCGUGCAAAAGAAAAUUUUGACGCACUCAAGGCAAUCCAACUCUUACCUGGUCCGAUAUGAAACGGAACCAGCAAAGGCACUCUUUGAAGCAACGGUCCAGUGGUACGACAUAAGCCAGAAUAUCACUAUUUCUGUGCCCAGCAUCAGCCGAAUGACGUCUUACAAUGAACACUCCAAGUGUAUAAAUGACAAAGUGGCCAAAAAGUUCUGCAUCUGUGCGAACCAAGGCAGUUGACUCAAUCAAUUCCGGCUGCCGAAGUGGUUGGAGUACCGCAUAACCACAGACACAAAUGUAAUUGCCCUAGAAAAGAUGCAUCUGCAUUCCUUCGUGUACUCGAAAUCACUAUAUGUAGCAGCAACUCAAUUUUGCGAGCAUUGUUGCCAAUGCCUAUCGCCAGUUCCGAUCUCACCCCAGAAUCUAUCAGGCAAAUUAGUUUACAAUUAUAUGACAAUUGCAAGAGACAAUUGCGGCCAUAUCAGCGAUCGGAGUACAGCUGUUUCAUCAAU